AUGUACAGAGUAGAAGCCGAGGCAACAGUAAAGGACUUCGAAAUCUCAAAUGCGAGUUUGGACGAGUUCAUAAACAAUCUUCAGCUCAAAAUCAUAUCAAAAACCGCUAGCUCAAUAGAAUUUGAUAUUCUUAACUGCCAUCCCUCGAUUGCUAAUACUCUAAGAAGAAUCCUCAUCUCAAAAGUCCCCACAAUGGCAAUACAUUACGUGUCUGUGUAUGAAAACAAUACAGUCUUUCCUGAUGAGUACAUAGCCCACAGACUUGGACUUAUUCCACUUGAAGCCAAUCCUGAAUAUUUCAGUUAUUUCAAGGACGAAGAAACUUUUGAGAAUGUUCUUAAUUUUAGGAUAGAUAAAACAGCCGACAAAGAGCCUGUAAACCUGAUGUCGGAUGAUAUUGAGUUUGUACCUGCUGAAGGACAAGAUCAUUUUAGCUUCCGCUUUAAGCCAAAUGUAUUAGUCUGUAAAAUGGUACCUGGGAAUCAGGUUGAGAUGACUUUCAAGGCAAUAAAAGGAAGAGGAGAGCAGCAUGCCAAGUGGAGUCCAGUUUCUCUAUGCUCCUACCGAAUAAUGCCAAAGAUAAUUUUAGAGAAGGACUUUUACGGAGAGGAUGCAAAAGAGCUUCAGGCAUGCUUUAGUCCAGGUGUCAUUGAGAUCAUCAACAACAAGGCAGUUGUUGCAAAUCCAAGAUUAGAAAGUAUGAGCAGAGAGGCCCUGAGGCACGAAAAAUUCAAAGAUUCAGUAAAAAUACUGCGAGAGAGUGGAUGGUUUUGUUUUAAUGUUGAGACAAUAACGCUUGAUCCUAUCCAGGUGCUAAAGAUGGGACUUGAGGAAUUAAUAAGAAGCUGCAAGGAGCUAAAGGAGGAGGUACGAUUGGAGGGGGAGAGCUAUGGAUGA